CUCCAAACUGCGCGCAUCUUGAAUUCCUCGACAACCACCACUCACAGACUCCCAACUAAACCGACAGUCUUCCAAGUCGUCAAGAUGUCCAACGCCGAGCUCGCCAGCGCUUACGCCGCUCUGAUCCUUGCCGACGAUGGCAUUGAAAUCACUGCCGACAAAUUGAACACCCUCAUCAAGGCCGCCAACGUCGCUGAUGUCGAACCUAUCUGGGCCUCUCUUUUCGCGAAGGCUCUCGAGGGCAAGGAUGUGAAGGACAUGCUUCUGAAUGUUGGCUCUGGUGGUGGUGCCGCAGCUGCCGCCCCUGCUGCCGGUGGUGCUCCUGCUGCUGGCGGUGCUGAAGCCGCCGCUCCUGCUGAGGAGGAGAAGAAAGAAGAGGAGAAGGAAGAAUCAGACGAGGACAUGGGUUUCGGUCUCUUCGACUAAGCGCGUCGGUUUUACGUACUGCCCUUUAUUCUCCACCACGACGUUUCCGAGAAAAGAGAUCAUUCACACGAAUAUUCCUGCAAUCAAUGCACACCUCCCUGCCUUGUGUCACCAAUAGGUGGAUCGUUUCGCUCUUGUGAGGAGGGAACUUUGUAUCCGUUCCAAGGCAUUUGACAUUUGUGGAUAUCAAUCGAGCAGACAAAACUCGAGAAGAACGGUCCGGGACGAGCAAGGGUAUGCUAAGACUCAUGCGGACUUACAUCGAGCCAGAAAUCAUCUUUCGAGCAAUUGAUCCACAAUGUCAAUAACUCAUUGAAGAAAAAGACCAUACUUUGCCGCUG